AUGCUCCCGUAUCUAGAUCCUCGAUCGAGCUUCUAUCUACCGCGGCUGUCGGCCAGAAGGCUACAAAACCGGAGUCAUCUCCUUCAUUCGCUGCUUCUGAGGCAAACGUGCAUUCUGACGGUGACGAGAGCUCUUCCGGCGAAUCCGGUUCGACUCACGUUUUUGACUCGGACACCGCGGGAAGCAACAGUGGUUCUCCGAAGUCGAGUGGUGCCAAGAACGAGUUUGGAAUGCCAUCCGGUCCUCUAUCGGACGUUGAGCUGGCGGCUUUGCAGCCCACUACGAUUCCUCGAUCGGAAUGGAUUCCCGGUUAUCGCGAUCGCCACAACUUUCGCGGCCACGACAUCGUCCCCUGGUCGGCACAGGAUAUCCGGCAGAUCAGCAUCGUGGAGAUGGAUGCGGACCUGCUGUUCCACCAUUACUCUAAGCCGAUGGAGUGGCUAA